GGCUGGCCUCACGGUACUUGCAUCGAUAGAUGAGCAAAAUUGAAUGAAUCUUGCGCUAGGACAUGGAAAUAUACCCCUACUACACGUGUGUGUGUGUGUGUGUGUGUGUGUGUGUGAGAGAGAGAGAGAGAGAGAGAGAGAGAGAGAGAGAGAGAGAGAGAGAGAGUUUUCCAUCGACGCACCCGUGAACAGGAAGGGAGAGGCAGGCAGGUAAGGGAUGGAGUGAGGAGGAGGGGAAGGGCAGUCAGUGAUGCUGAGCUCCCAAUGGCCAAUGGAGACGGCGCGAAGGGGGAGUUUGUGGGGCAAAGGACCACGCCGAGUGCAAAUGGUGGAGCUGAAUCUAGAAGAGGUAAGGGGUCGCUGAGGAGCAGAGGAGAAGGAGUGCCCGCGGGAGCAAGAAAGGUAGACAACCAGUCUGUGGAUGAUCUUAAGAGGGCCAAGUCCCAGUCUCGUCAGGGAACCGUGUCAGCCGCAGGGCAAACGGCAGGGAAGUGGCGAGAUUACAUGUUCAUGUCCCUUUUGGCGGUUCAGUAUGGUCUGCAACCUAUUCUUUGUGAACGUUUCACAGAUAUGUCCAGUAUGUCUAAGCGGAGCCAGGAGUCUGCCAUGGGAGAAGAUGAAAUUGGGAGGAGGGUGUUCCCUAAGCACUCAGGCAACGAUGACUCUAUGCAAAUCUUCACCAGCGCAAGAUUAGACGGAGCAUCAAGUGUAGGUGUGGGUGGAGGUGGGGGAGGAGGGGGAGGUGGAGGAGGAGGUGGAGGAGGAGGAGGAGGAGGAGGGAGGCCAACAGGUGGAGAUGGAUAUGAAAGCACCAGUAGGGCUGUGCAAGGAUCUAUGUCAGAAUGGCCGACAGGAUCGUCUCGAUACAAGGUUGGUAGUGGUGCUGGUGGUGGCAGAGAUGCGGGAGGGAGAGAUAGGGCAGCAGGUGCUGAUGGAAAUUCGGCCAGUGGAGGCCGAGCUGGAGCUGGAGCUGGAACGACGGGUGGAAACAAUGAGAUCACAUACGUUGAGCCUGUGCAAACGUGUGGAGCAUACUGUUCACGAGAGGAGGCCUUAAAGAAAGAGGAAGAGGCAGGCCGUCUCUUUUUCACAUGCCAUUAUAACGAUGGAGUUGAUCAGCACAUGAUCUGGCUGAUUGGGCUGAAGAACAUCUUCUCAAAGCAGCUCCCAAACAUGCCUAAGGAGUACAUCGUCCGUCUGGUUAUGGACCGGGGUCACAAGUCAAUGAUGAUUAUCAAGGGAGAUCAAGUCGUUGGUGGAAUAACUUAUCGACCUUACAAGAAGCAGGGUUUUGGAGAGAUUGCCUUCUGUGCAAUAACUGCAAAUGAACAGGUUAAGGGCUACGGAACGCGGCUAAUGAAUCAUUUGAAACAGUAUGCUCGGGAUGUAGACGGUCUCACUCACUUCCUCACGUAUGCGGAUAACAACGCAGUCGGCUACUUCACAAAGCAGGGAUUUACAAAGGAGAUCAUGAUGGAGAGAGAAAGAUGGUUUGGAUUCAUCAAGGAUUAUGAUGGUGGGACUCUGAUGGAAUGUGCCAUUCAUCCGAAACUCCCUUACACAGAUUUUCCGGCCAUGAUUCGCAGGCAGCGGCAGGCCCUUGAUGAGAGGAUAAGAGAGCUUUCAAAUUGCCACGUAAUAUAUCCAGGCUUGGAGUUCUCGAGGAAAGAGGCGGGUGUUCCGCGGCGUGUGCUAAGGAUAGAGGACAUCCCGGGGAUAAAUUCAUGGCCGUUUAAGGACCCAGUGGAUUCGCGUGAGGUCCCUGACUACUACGACAUCAUAACGGACCCGAUUGAUCUGAGGACUGUGUCAAAGCGAUUGGAUACGGAGCAGUAUUACAUAACCCUAGAGAUCUUUGCUGCGGAUUUGAAGCGCAUGUUUGCGAAUGCGCGCACCUACAACGCACCUGAGACGAUUUACUACAAGUGUGCGAACAGGCUGGAGCAGUUCUUCUUGCAUAAGCUUCAGGCAGGGAUUCAGUCUACAUUCAGAGGAUCUCAGCAAGGAUGACAACAGAUUGGAGAAGAAGGGGGGGGGGGAGGAUGGAAGAGGAGAGAAGGGAACGGCAGUUACUCUCACUGCGUGCCUUCAUACUAGAGUCCCAUUUGGAACUGUAUAUAAUCCAGUCGCGUUUCCAACUCAUACUGCAGUUCCAAAUGGAACUCAUGCGGCGGUUCCAAAUGGAACUCAUACUGCAGUUCCCAAUGGAACUCAUGCUGCAGUUCCAAAUGGAACUCAAUACCAUCCAACUUGUAUAAACUGACCUUAUGCGAGAGAGAGAGUAGAAACUCCACACUCUGCUCCAUUCCCACCUGGGACUCUAUACUGUUCCACUUGGAACUGAUAGUACAGUUGUCACCAAGUUUACUGCAGUCCCACUUGGAACUCAUGCUGCGGCCCCGCUUGGAAUCGGCACUUCAGUUCUACUUGGAAGUUGGAACUAAGUACCACAGUUGCAGUUGGAACUCGAUAGAACACUGCAGUCCCACUUGGAACUCGUGCAGAAGCCCCACUUGGAAUGCACACUUCAGUCGUACUUGGGACUUGGAACUAAGUACCCUUCAGUCGUACUUGGGACUUGGAACUAAGUACCCUUCAGUCGUACUUGGGACUUGGAACUAAGUACUACAGUGGCUCCUGGGAACUCGGUAUUAGAGUUCCAACUAGAGGUUGGCAAUGGAGUCCUGCUUAGAACUCGGCACACUGGUACCAAGUUCUACCUGGGACUCUACAGGCCCACUUGGAACUCAAUACUAAACUCCCCACUUGGAACUAAGUACCAUAGUCCCACUGAAAACUCGAUAGUAGACUCCCAUUUGCAACUGAAUACCAUAGUCCCAUUUGGAACUCGAUGGAACCAUAGUCCCACCUGGAACAUUGAGUACUAGCCCCAUAGUCCCACCUGGAACAUUGGUACUAGGCCCAUAGUCCCACCUGGAACAUUGAGUACGGCCCAUAGUCCCACCCGGAACAUUGAGUACUAGCUAGGGUGGGGCUAGAGGACAGUGCAGUGCUGCACUGCACUUUGCAUGCAGUAGAAUAUACAUGUCAUGUCAUCACGAAAGAAAGAAAAAAAGACGAAAAGCUAGAGACUGGGAGCUGAAGAAAAGACGGUCACAGCAGAAUCUUUUUUUUUUUGCGGCUGUCAAUUUGGAUCCUUUGCUCCGAAAAAAAAGAAAAAGAAAAAAAAAAGGGAUGCUUUGCUCUGAUGAUCGCCCAGCAAGUGCUGCUGACGAGUGUCUAGCUCUCUUUUGAACCGUUACAUGCUUCCGAUU